AUGGCCGCGUCCGGACAUCCUUACAAUCCGUUUUCGCCGACAACACAUAGUAAAUCGGAGGCAAUAUGUUUCCACGGUCGGCGCAGGGCGCCACCAAAGUGCAAGCAUUAUAGUCAGUGGAGUAUCCUGGACACUCCAAUAUCUUGGGCUGGUCCUAGAUGCGCGUUGGAAGUUCAAGGCGCACUUCGUAACACGUAUGCUCUCACGCAUCUCGGCGGGCCAGAUGGGGAGUGUCGCCGCCUAUACGGCAAUGCAGUGCGGGCGAAAGUAUUAUAUGGGUGCCCGAUAGGGGCGGAUAAGCUAAAUCAGCACAUCAAAACCGUUCUCAGUAGUCGCAGAGACUAUUCGCCAUUAGGGUCGCGAGGGCGUACCGCACGGAGAUCAUCUUCCGCCAUUCGCUUUUCGGUCGUCUUAUGGAGAUGUGACCAUCAGGAAUUUAAAAAAGUACUUACUGCAAAGACCGACAAGGCAUCCACUAACAAAAUGGGUUUCUAUCAGCUGUGGGAGCUGCCUUUUCACCACAGAACAUUUAAUAACAUCUUCACUGAUGUUGAGGAUGUUGGGAGUGCAACCAAAAAUAGAUCAUGA